GAGGAAUUCGACAGCAACAAGCCACAAUAAGCAAGCAGAUCUGGAACGGACGAACUACUGGCCUGGCUCUGAAAUUGGCAGACUGAAAGAGAAUAUGCCUGUGCAAGGCAUCACUGUAACUCCUAGGCCUUCAUACGUUUCUCGAUUGCUUCACCAAUUCAGACAACCCAGCCUGUAACUGCGUUACUGCUCGAAGUUCAUUGAAACUCAUCCUUCGUCUUUCUAUUCCCAUUUCCUUCACGAUUUCGUCUUUCCCUCUUUGGUCCAUGGCCCCGUCAGUCCCUCCGCGCUCAACCCAAGGACUGGGUCUCGCCCCGGCACUUCGACAUUCUGUGGCACACAUCAUAAAACUGCCCCUCAUACUCGUCCCCAACCGCAAAGUCCCACUCUCCACACCUCGGAUACGCCUCUAUCAUCAUGAACUCGCCCAUCCUCGGGAUAGUCUCGAAGAAUUCCCUACUUCCGUCCUCGUCGUUCUUAUCUGGCCGCUAAUGAAACUCAUUCCCAUCUGUCUUGGGCAAAGGGUUGUGCGUCUUAUGCGCCACACCUGCCGGGAGGAUAAAUACAUCCCCCACCGCUGCAUGAAGCAGCACACCACCUUCCUCUCUACCCCCCUCGCUCAGAUCCUUGCCUGCAGCCCCCAGCCUGAGAGCUUGCUCGCGGUCUUUCUUCGAGUCUGCAACACCGAGGCAGAUUCUUGCGCUCCCACCCGAAAUCAUCGCCAUGCAUUGGUGCGACCCGGGGUGGUAGUGUGAGCUCUGAUUUGGUCCGUAGCCUGCGAUCUAUUGCGAUUGCUAGCCGUUGGAUGCGAAGAGGUUGAAGAUCCAGUGGCUUGUUGAGAAAGUUUGUCUUUGAUUAGAGAUGUGAGGAGACCUGGGUAGUGGAUCAAGACGUGGGAUGAAUUUGGGAUUAGCUUUGUGGGUGUGAGGAUGUAGAUUCGGACUUCGAU